CUUCAUUGAGUAUAAAUUCUACCUCUUUUGCACUCUUGUAGCACACAAAGCAAUUUUCUAAAAUCUCAUCUAUAUACUUUUUAUAGAAGAAUGGCCUCUUUUCAAAAGCAGUUAGCUGUUUUCAUGCUUCUCUUCUGGGUCGCUAUAAUUGCCAAAUAUUCAGGAUCACCAAACAUGAUGGUUAUGGCUGUACGUGACUUGCCUUUGGAUGUGGCUAUCAUGGAACAAGCUCUUUUUCCAAAUGGAGGAAUCACUUGCCAGAGAUCAUGUAAAACAAACAAUGAUUGCUCAGAUGGUAUUUUUUGCAGGAGAUGCCAUUAUUUUCCAAAAGAGAACGUCCGCAUUUGUCUUGCUGCUUAAUUACGUAUUUUCACGUAAUUAAGGGAUUAAUAAUGAUGUGUAAUGUGUCGUUUAAUAAUAAAUAAGGCGAUUUGCAAUUGCUUCGGCUCUGUAUGUUGCAAAUUGUCAUAAAAUGUUUGUAUUGUAAACAUGUCUUGAUGUAUCGUAUGUUAUUGUGUCGUCUUUAUUUUAUGUAUUAAUGAAUGGACUAUGGUGUGAUAAUAAGAAGUGUAUUAUGUAUACGAUGAAGUAUUAGUCGAAAAGUUUUUAUUA